AACUCCGAGCUCCGUCUCACCCCUUAUACCAAGCUCCGCCGCCCCAGACAAGACUUCAAUCGCUCCCGCCCGCUUCCGACCAGCCAGCCUGCUAUCAGCCGGCCUUUCCGCCUUUUUAUUCUGGCCACGCUGCCGCACUGUUGCACUAUUGCUACCCGCCUGGACCGCACUGCACAUGGCUGCCGAACAACCAUCCAGCGAGCCUCUCAGGCCAACAACGCCUCCCACCGACGCCUCGCGCCCUACCACCGCCGGCCGGACAGACACGCUUCCCGUGCCCAGUUUCCAGAUUGACGGCGUAAGCGACGACAAGGACCAUGAGCUUCGUGUUGCCCGUGCCAAUCACCCAUCAAGCCUUAAUCCAAGCGCGCAGCCAAGUCGAGCUGCAUCGCCAAAUCCUCAGGCUUACUUUCCCCACACCCAGGUCACGUACGAUGACCCGGACUUCACCCGACCGCCUCCCCUCAACUACACGCUGCGCACACGCAAAAAGGCCAUUUUCUGGUUCUGGACUCUGAUCAUUGUCGACUGCGUCUUCAUGCCCAUUGGCCUCUACUUUGGCAUGUGGUAUGGCCUCACCCGCGAUGAAUUGUCCGCCAACGCAGUCUUCAGCAUCAGCACCGCCCUGCUGGGAACCGUGUCGAUUGUCGAGUACUUUGUCCGCUUUCACCGCUUGUGGAAAAAGAGCUCAAGCUGUAGAGUGAUUGGAGCCGAACGAUGGUAUCUCGACUGGUUCCACUGGAACUUGUCGGUGGGAUGGUUUUUUGUCAUGAUCGAGCUUAUCGCUGGCACAUGUCCCCACGACCCUCCUAUUCGCGUUCUCGCCAUGCCCGCCUCUACUAUGAUGUUUGCCAUUGGAAUCGAGCUCCUCAUCGUCGACGUCCUACGCAUCAUGAAGGUCCCAGCCCCUUGCCGUAUCUCUUCUCUGCCCCAGGGUGCCCCCCUGCGUCCUGGUAUCUACGCCUACAUUGAGGACAUUUGCGCCGUUGAUGGAUCUGGUGGCACCGAGUUCCGUCAGCGACUAAACCUCCGAUACCAGGCCAGCAAGGCUUUCCGUGAGAUGCUGCACCGCCUGACACUGUUCUGGGCCAUUGGCGCCAUCAUCACCGCCGCCGUCUGCACCGCCAUCAUCUUUACUAUCCAGCGAGAUGCUGCCUAUGUUGUCGGCUGGGUGGUUCCAUUUCUCUGGGCCGGCAUCUGGGCUGCCAUUACCAUCAAAUGGGUCCAAAUCGAGCUCAAGCGCGAAUAUGAAGGAUGGACUACGGCCCAGUUUAAAGCCUAGCCAUAUCCUCCUCUGUUGUCCCCCUAUGUUAACCCAAACUUGUAAUAAGACGUACACGCAUCACUAGACACAUGAAAGCUCAUGCAUGAGCUAUGGCGUUUGAAUGAGGGCCACGCCUUUGACGUUUGUUUUUUUCACUAUUGUUGUUUCUUGGUUUUUUUUUGUGUCUAAAAUGUCCACACAGCGAGAUACCACUUUUUUUUGGCACGCGGAAUACCAGUAUACAUGUUUUUUUUUCCUCUUCCUCUUACGUUGCAUGGAUGAUGAAGUAAUACGGAUAUCGCAUAUAUCUAUGUAUGUAUUAAUACGUCUUGGUCGGCGAGCUGGCUCAAAUUCACACCAAC